CCCCGUCCCGUCCCGCCGGCCCGGCCAUGGCGCGGGUGCCGCUGCUGCUCCUGGCGCUGGGCCUCGCCGCCGCCGCCAAGUCCCCGUACCAGCAGGUCCUGCAGCACAGCCGGCUCCGCGGCCGCCAGCACGGCCCCAAUGUGUGCGCGGUGCAGAAGCUGAUUGGCACCAACAGGAAAUACUUCACCAACUGCAAGCAGUGGUACCAGAGGAAGAUCUGCGGGAAGUCAACAGUCAUCAGUUACGAGUGCUGUCCUGGAUAUGAAAAAGUUCCUGGAGAAAAAGGCUGCCCAGCUGCGCUGCCUCUUUCCAACAUCUACGAGACCCUGGGGGUGGUUGGUUCUGCCACCACACAGCUCUACUCUGACCGCUCCAACCUGAGGCCAGAAAUCGAAGGGCCGGGAAGUUUUACCAUUUUUGCUCCCAGUAAUGAGGCCUGGGCAUCACUGUCUGCUGAAACUCUGGAUUCCUUGGUCAGCAACGUCAACAUCGAGCUGCUCAACGCCCUGCGCUACCACAUGGUGGACAAACGGGUCCUCACGGACGACCUGAAACACGGCACAACACUCAACUCCAUGUACCAGAACCUGCCCAUCCAGAUUCACCACUAUCCCAACGGGAUUGUGACUGUGAACUGUGCCAGGCUGCUCAAAGCUGACCAUCAUGCCACCAACGGGGUGGUUCAUGUCAUCGACAAGGUCAUUGCCACCACCACAAACACCAUCCAGCAGAUCAUUGAGACUGAGGACAGCCUGGAAACUCUUCGGGCUGCUGUGGCUGCAUCCGACCUCAACAGCCUGCUGGAAAGCGAAGGCCAGUACACACUCUUGGCUCCAACCAAUGAAGCCUUUGAGAAGAUCCCACGAGAAACCCUGAACAGGAUCCUGGGGGACCCAGAAGCCCUGAGGGACCUGCUGAACCAUCACAUCCUGAAGUCAGCCAUGUGUGCUGAGGCCAUCAUCGCUGGCCUGACCAUGGAGACUCUGGAAGGGACCACCUUGGACGUGGGCUGCAGUGGGGAAGAGCUGACCCUCAACGGGAAGCCCAUCAUUGCCAACAAGGAUGUCCUGGCCACCAACGGCGUCGUGCAUUUCGUCAACGAGCUGCUGAUCCCAGACUCGGCCAAGACUCUGUUUGAGUUGGCACAAGAAUCUGAAGUUUCCAAGUCAACAGAGUUUUUCAGACAAGCUGGUCUCAGUUCUCAUCUAACUGGCAGUGAGCGAGUGACCCUCCUUGCCCCAGUGAACGAUGUGUUCAAAGAUGGACUCCCAGUUAUUGACAGCAACAUGAGAAACCUGCUUCUAAACCACAUUGUUAAAGACCAGCUCUCCUCUAAGUAUCUGUAUCAUGGACAGAAGCUGCAGACUCUGGGGGACAAGGAGCUGAGAGUGUUUGUGUACCGCAAUAACCUUUGCAUUGAAAAUGCCUGCAUUGCUGCCCAUGACAAGAGGGGAAGGUUUGGGACCCUGUUUAGUGUGGACAAAAUGCUGACUCCACCAACCGGCUCAGUGAUGGAUGUUCUCAAGGCAGACCAUCGCUUCAGCACCUUGGUGGCUGCAAUCCAGUCUGCAGGGCUGACAGAGAACCUCAACAGGCCGGGGACCUUCACGGUGUUCGCUCCGACCAACGAAGCUUUCCGAGCCCUGCCCCAGGGGGAGCUCAACAAACUCAUGGGUAAUGCCAAGGAACUUGCCAACAUCCUCAAGUUCCACGUGGCCGACGAGAUCCUGGUGAGCGGCGCCGUCAAUGCCCUCGUGAGGCUCAAAUCCAUGCAGGGAGACAAACUGGAAGUCAGCAUGAAAAACAACGUGAUACACAUCAACAAGGAGCCCGUGGCAGAGAGCGAUAUCAUGGCCACGAACGGGGUGAUUUAUGCCCUGAACUCUGUCUUACAGCCACAGGCUUCAAGGCCCCAGGAGAGAGGGGACGAGCCUGCAGACCCUGCACUGGAAAUCUUCAAACAGGCGUCUGCGUUAUCCAAGGUUUCUCAGAGGAAUCCUCGACUAGCUCCUGUCUACUCCCGGCUACUGGCGAGGAUGAAGGAGAACUCGAGUGGGGUCUGAGCCACGUCCUGAGCAACCACACAUCAGGGCCUGCAUCCCCCCAGCUGUGGCUGACACCUAAAGAGAAGGACAGAAUCGUUUUCAAAAACCAAAUAUCACCCUUAAGUUUAUUUUUUGUCUCCAGCGAAAUGGAUAGGAAAAAUGGAAAGCCAUAUAUAUAUGUAUAUAUAUUUUUAAGACCGUUUUUUUAUUUGGUUUUGACUUCAAAGUUCCCAGACUGAGAAAAUGUUUUUGGGGUUUUUAAUUUCUGGGGGUUUGUUGGGGUUUUUUGUUCUUUUUUUUUUUUUUUUUAAUAAAAACUAUUCACUACUUUGCAAUUUUAAACAUACCCAGUUUUGGGCUUGUUAAGUACAUCCAAGGGCAGGUGCCCAUUUUUUUUUUUUUAAAUAAGCAUGUGCUUCCUUGUUCCCUUGGGUUUCCAAAGUCUUCCAUGAAAUUCUGAACUGAAGGCUUUUAACAAAAGCCUCUCUAUGGACAAUGAGAAAAUUGAAUACCUAUAAACUAUGGUUUGAAACAUUCUCUUUUUUUAAACCUUUUUUUUAAGCCUCUGGGUAAUAACUGUGCUGCCUUUUGUUCACCAGAUUGAAAUGAGAGUUCUCCCUGGCUGAAGCCUUCCAGUAAAUGGUUCGUUUUUGAUAAUGGUUGUUUUUUAAUAAAAAUUAAAAAUAAAAUCAAAAAUAUAAAUAUGAGAAGCGA